UCCCAAAUCCCAAUUAUAAAUAGCAGUAACUGCUAGGAGACAGAGUCCGAUCUCACGCACCCUUCAAUUUCCUCUCAAUCUGUUCGGCUGGCAAGUGAAAAUGGAUACUUCAAAAGCAAUGGUACUUGCAGCUUCGUCUCCUUCAGAAACUCCUGCUCUUCCUCCUACAGAGUCUGAUUCUCAGUUUUCAAAUCUAAUCUGUGAUGUCUCACAACAGGUGCAAGCAGCAAUGGCAAACAUGCUUAAAAUGACACAAGAAAUAGAUCAUAGCUCAUCUGGAAUCUUGGAAGAGAUAGAGUACUGUAAAGUGUCUGCCAUGGAGAAGAGGAAAGUCUUAGAGGAAGAGAAAGAAAGUUUCCAGAAAGCUGCCUACACUGUUUUGGAAAUGCUCAACAACAGAUAGAUUCGAUGAAAGUUGUAAGCUUUCCUGUGUCCCAUUAUUAAUAUACACUCUUUCAAGUAAAAUUGUAUGUUUUAAGGAUAAUAUUAUGACCUUGGAGUCCUUGUAGACAUGCUAUAGAACUGUUCUUUUCCAUGCAUUUCUAGAUUUAUUGCUAUGUUACUCUACAUUGUCUGCUGUAGGAUGUCAAA